GGCCCGUACGGCGCAUCUCUAACCCCGGAGGAUCUGGGUCGGCUACUAUGGUCCUUUGCCAAACUCAACUUAUGGGGGCCAACCACACUGGCCAUCAUUGAUCAGUUCUCUAAGUCCCUUCGGAUAGACGUGCCGUACGGUCCUUGGGGCACGCUAUCCCUCUGGUCCUUAGGACGGGCGCAGCAGGCGGCGCGAGUGGCGGGAAAUGCGCACCCAAUGGCGAGUGGCGGCGGCGUUGACCGAAGGUUGACCGGCGCGGCGGCGGUCGUGGCGGCGGCUCGUCCGAAGUUCCUUCCGUCGCUGCUGGACUUUGUGUGUCGCAACGCGGGCGAGCUGAAUGACCAGGGCCGCUCCAACUUCUUUUGGGCAGUGGGGCAGCUGGGGGUGAGGGAGCCCCGCUACCUGGCUGCUGUGGGCGCCCCGCUGUGCUCCCGCCUGCCCGACCUGGUGUCCCAGAACAUCAGCAACGUGCUGUACGGCUGUGCGCUGCUGGACCUGGACAGGCGGGCAGUGGCUGCCGUCCAGACCCACGCCCCCUUCCUCUCCGCCCUCGCGACCGAAGCAGCCCGGCGGAAGCUGUCCGGCUUCCAGAGCCAGGAGGUCAGCAACCUGGUGUGGGCAGCGGCCAAGCUAGACCUGCCGGAGUGCGGCGCCCUCUUUCAGGCGGUGUGCGACAUGAUCGCCACCUCCGACUACCACCGCAGAUCCGUGGCGCAGGAGUGGGCAAACACGCUGUACGGCAUGUCGCUCAAGGACCACUACGACCCAAGGAUCUUUGAGAAACUCCGGCAAGCGGUUCUGGGCGAAAAGGAAGCCGAAUCCUCCUCUUCCUCCUCCUCCUCCUCCUCCUCCUCCUUGUCAGCAAGCCGCUUGCAGCACCCCCAGCAGCAGCUCCCC